AUGGCAGCGGAAAUACCCAUUUUUCUCUUGAAGGAGAAGCUAAGAAGUCUGGCUAAGGGUAGUCAAAUCAUUCAGCCAAUAGAGGGUGCUCAACUUCAUCGGUCCAUUAAGAAACUAUCAGAAGUAGAGGAACUCUUGAAAAGUGAUUCAAGUAAUGGCAGCUCAAAUUCUGAGCUUCUGCAAGCUGUUUACUUGGCAGAAGAUGCCAUAGACAGCUUCACUGCAAUUCAGAAAAAGAAGAUAACAGCUUACGUGCACUUGAAUCUUCCAUAUAGUCAAUCUUGUUUCUUGAAAAAUCUGGAAAAAUUAGUUGGUAAGAUAAGCAAUCUGUCAAAAACUAGUACUUCCAAUACAGAAGAUAGAAUGGAGGAGUUACCUGAACUAAUCCUCAAUGGAGACCGUUCACAUUUUCACAUUUCAGUGGUGGAAUAUGGUUCUGAGAGAGAACCGUUAUGGAAGAUUUACAAUUAUGAGAGUAUCAAGAAGCUUUUUGAUUGUCGUGCUUGGGUUCGUGUUGCUGAAGAGUUUGAGAAAAUGCAACUUCUCAUUGAUAUAUUUAAACAAGUUACAGGAAAGUCUGAGGCCAUGGAGAACUUGCAACUUGAUUCACUGCGACAGGACCUCCACAACUUUUUAGUUGAGAAGAGGUACCUAGUAGUAUUAAUUGAUGUGCGGACGCCGGAUAUUUGGGAGAUCCUCAAGUUUGCUCUACCGAAUUCAUCAAAUGGUAGCCGGGUGAUUUUCAGCUUUCGUGAAGCUGAUGCAGAACGGUGUCCAGAUAUUACUUUCUUUGGAAGAGAGAUUUCGCUCGACCCAAAGCCUAUAAUGCAGGUAGCAUCAGCGAACAGCAAGGAUGAUGAAGCUGAUAUUUUAAUGGCUGAGCAAAAGGAGCGCUUGAAGGGAAUGAUUGAAUAUUUGAAAGAGGAAACAGAUAUUGUUGGUAUGAGGGAUACAGUAUUGGAGUUGGCUAAACUAACACUUAAUGGCAGAGACAAGUAUUAUCUCAUCUCAGUGGUGGAUGUGGAAGGCUCUGGCAGGACAACUAUAGUCAAAACAAUUUACAAUAGUCCAUAUAUACGACAGAAUUUUGAGUGCCUUGCUUGGUUUAGUGUUCCUGCUUUUGAUGUUUAUGAUACGAGAAAUAUGUUGAUUGACAUAAUGAAACAGGUUACACUAGAAAGCAGUGUUGAGGGACGGCCCCUGGACAUAUUGGAAUUGGAAAAUAAGCUUAACAAAGUCUUAUCUGAGAAGAGGUUCCUGAUAGUCUUGGAUGAUGUCCAUCUUCCUGGUGCUUGGAAUGAUCUCCAAACAAUUAUUCCGAGCACAUCAAAUGGCAGCAGGGUAAUCCUAAUUACUUCUGAUGCCUUUGUAGCCCGCUGUUUUAGUCCAUCAGUUGUCAUUUUCAAGCUAAAUCGCCUGCGAGAAGAUGAGGGUUGGGAGUUGUUCUUGAAUAGGGCGCGAGUAAGCCUGGGAGAUGAAAGUUAUCCAGACUUGAGGAAUCUCAGGGAAAAAAUCUGGCAAAGAUGUCGUGGUCUGCCUCUUGCAAUAUGCGUGCUGGGAGGUUUGUUCUCUUGUAAAAGAAACUAUACUGAAUGGCCAAAGGUGAUUGAGCAGAUCCUGCCGGAAGACAAGAAAAAUGAAGGGGUUACUAAGCAUACUAAUCAAAAAGAAACAAGCAUGACUGAUGAAUAUGCAGCUUUUGAUGAAGGUCAAUCUAUUUCUACAGAUCCAUUGGCUUCCUUGGGUAAACAGUGCCCUUCAUAUAUCUGGAAUUUGGGCUAUAAGGACCUAUCCCCUCAUUUAAAAGCAUGUCUUAAUUAUAUAUGUCUCUUUCCGAAAUCAUAUCGCAUCCCAGUGAGGAGGUUGUUUCAUUUAUGGCUUGCUGAAGGAUUAGAGACACCAAGGGAAGCGACAGAAGUGUCCCCUGAAGAUCAGGUGAAGAAAGAAGUGCCCCCUCAAGACCAGGUGAAGACAGAAGUGCCCCCUCAAAAUCAGGUGAUGCCAGAAGUGCCCCCUGAAGAUCAGGUGAAGAAAGAUGUGCCCCCUGGAAAUCAGGUGAAGAAAGAAGUGCUCCCUGAAGAUCUUGUGAGGAGAGAUUUUGAUGAACUGGAGAAAAGGAACAUGAUUGAAGUAACAACUCGGAAAUUAGAUGGAUCACCCAAAACAUGUCGCAUGCCAAGUACUCUGUAUGAUACACUCUUUCCAAUGGCUGAAGGGAUGGGAUUUUUCUAUGUCCAUGGCAAAUCAGAUUCUGCAUCCAGUUCACCAAAGUCAUGCAUCCACAGGCUUGUGGAACAUUCAGACAUCCAUUACAACCCUCUUCCAGAUGAGUGCAUCAGAAAUCUGCGUUCUUACAUAUCUUUCAACACCCGAAAGGGAGCGAAACCUGUGGAGGAAGCACGCAGUUUUUUGAACAAGAAAAUCAUAAAGAGAGGUGUUGGAUUUCUCCGAGUGCUUGAUCUAGAACGUGUAUACAAACCAGUGCUACCUGAAGCAAUAGGAAAACUGAAGCUUUUAACGUACUUAGGUCUGAGAUCGACUUUUCUAGACUCGAUUCCCAUUUCAAUUGGUGAUCUUCCAUGUCUAGAGACCUUAGAUGUUAAGCACACCAAUAUUACCACAUUGCCUAUGUCCAUCUGGAAAAUAAAGACACUUAGGCAUCUUUACAUGAAUGAUAUUCAUUUUGAAAUGUUGAAGAAAAAAAGAUUUUCAUUUAGUGCUAUGACCAAUCUUCACACUUGGUGGGGUUUAUUCAUAGGCAAUGCCAAGGAUUGCCUUCCAAUGAAUUGGUUGAAGAACUUGAGCAGUCUCCGCAAAUUGGGAUUGACAUUCCAUAAGAUAUCACUUCCAGGGAUAACUGACUGGAUUUCUACAUUGACCAAUCUUCGAUCAUUGAAGUUGAGAUCAAUAGAUGAUUAUUCUGAACCUUCAGACCUCAAUUUGGAAUCCAUGCAUAAGCUUGUUAAUCUAGAAGAGCUUUAUUUGCUUGGAAAGCUUCCAAGAGUAAUUGACAUAAACCAACUUCCCCAUAAACUUGAAAUCCUUACUUUGUCAAUGUCACAACUAUUCGAUGAUCCAAUGCCAAUCCUUGGACAGCUAACACACCUGAAGGUCCUCCGGCUUUUCGCGCAUUCCUACAUAGGAGAAGACAUGACUUGUACUGAUGGAUUUCCUCAACUCCGUGUGUUGAAGUUAUGGGUGCUACCAAGUCUGUGUGGGUGGACUAUUGAGAAAGGAGCCAUGCCUGUGCUAAAAGAAUUAGAGAUCAGAUAUUGCCGAAAUCUAAAGAAGCUUGAAGGAUUGAACAAUGUCACCAGUUUGAGAGAAUUGAUCUUGACAAAUAUGAAAGAGAAAUUUUCAGCUGAAGUCAAAAAAAGCUUGCACAAGUACGCAGUCACUACUGAAAACAACUGGAAAGUUGAACCUCCAUGGGCUGCAGCCACUCACAUAUUGAGGUGUAUAAAGGAAAUGUGAUAUAUGAAUCCCUGGAAUUGUUGAUAUUUAGCAUGUCUGAUUUGUGAUUUAUGUAAUAAACAGAUAGCAUUUGUGAAAGUUUUAAUGUGUGUUGUCCUGAGAUUCUUUUGAAGUUAUAUGAUGUAUGCUUCUAAUAACACCAACAAUCAUCUUUAUGAGAGAUCAUUUCAUCCACAGUUUGCAAACUGACCUACAGAGGAUUAAUA